CCGACGACGACGAACACUUCAUCCUCCAUAACCUCGAUGGUCACAAGCACACUCUCGGCCUCGCUUGGGCGUACUCUUCGGAGCGCUGCGCGCUUUCCUCGCCGCCCUCUGCGGUCAUUUGCGACUGCAGUGAACGUCCCCCACCCCCAACUGCAGACGACAACACUACCAAAUGGCCUUACGGUAGCGACGGAGGCACACCCGCAUGCGCAGACUGCGACGGUGGGCGUGUGGAUUGACGCGGGGUCGAGGGCGGAGACGGAUGCGACGAACGGCACGGCGCACUUCCUUGAGCACAUGGCCUUCAAGGGAACCAACCGCCGCUCCCAGCACCAGCUCGAGCUCUCUGUUGAGAGCCUCGGUGCGCACCUCAACGCGUACACCUCCCGGGAGCAGACGGUCUACUACGCCAAGUGCUUCUCGAAGGACGUGAACACGAGCGUGGAUAUCAUUAGCGAUAUCCUCCAGAACUCGACCCUCGAGGGUGGUGCGAUUGAGCGGGAGCGGGAUGUCAUCCUCCGCGAGCAGCAGGAGGUCGACAAGCAGAUGGAGGAGGUCGUCUUCGACCACUUGCACGCUGUUGCCUUCCAGGGCCAGCCCCUUGGGCGCACUAUCCUCGGCCCCAAGGCUAACAUUCUCUCCAUCAAGCGGGAUGACCUCGUCUCGUACAUCAAGACGAACUACACCGCCGACCGCAUGGUACUCGUCGGCACUGGCGGCGUCAACCACGAGCAACUGGUGGAGUCCGCCCAGAAGCACUUCGGCACCCUCCCCGUCUCCUCCAACCCCAUCCCCCUCGGCCGCCUCUCCCACCCCAAGACGCGCUUCGUCGGCUCCGAGGUGCGCGUGCGAGACGACACCCUGUCGACCGCGCACGUCGCGAUCGCCGUCGAGGGUGUCGGCUGGAGCUCGCCCGACUACUUCCCGAUGCUGGUCAUGCAGAGCAUCUUCGGGAACUGGGACCGCUCGCUCGGCGCGUCCGGGCUCAUGUCCUCGCGCCUGUCGCACAUCAUCUCCUCGAACGGCCUCGCGAACAGCUACAUGUCGUUCUCAACGAGCUACUCGGACACCGGCCUGUGGGGCAUCUACCUCGUCACCGAGAACCUGAUGAACAUGGACGACAUGGCGCACUUCACGCUCAAGGAGUGGACGCGCAUGUCGAUCGCGCCCACGGACGUCGAGGUCGAGCGCGCCAAGAGCCAGCUCAAGGCGAGCUUGCUCCUCAGCCUCGACGGCACGACCGCCAUUGCCGAGGACAUUGGCCGCCAGCUCGUCACGAGUGGCCGCCGCAUGACCCCCAAGCAGAUCGAGUUCGUCGUUGACCAGGUCACCACGGAGGACAUCAAGCGGGUAGCGCAGAAGUACCUCUGGGACAAGGACAUCGCGAUUGCUGCUGUCGGUCCCCUUGACGGCCUCCUGGACUACAACCGUAUCCGCUCGGACAUGUCCUCGCUGGUCUACUAAGCGCGGCCCCAGGGUGUGCGCUCGGGUUGGACGGACGGUGUCGUGUAGUUAUCGUCGUAAUGCUAGCCAGCUCCUAGAUCCCCGGCAACGGGAGGGUAGACCAAAAGUAUCUUCGCUCUGUUGUUUACUUCAAAUCAGGGGAGCUGGUUUAAUGUCCCCCAGUGCGACGGUCGACUUGCCGAGUCGUCUAGGAAGGCCCCCGGCGCGUCGCCGCCUGGUACGUACCACAUAGCUAAUUACAUCCAGCGUCCAAGGGUAAACUAGAGAGGUAUGAUGCGGUGCGGCCUGUGGAAUAUAAUGUGCUUGUGAAAAC